ACUUCCCCCACAUCCCCUCAUCCCACUCAAAAUGACUUGUUUCGGAAUCUUAAGCCGUUCAAAAGGCCUGAAGCCUAAUCUGACAAACAAUUCAGAUCUUACAUUGAUCAGCGAUGAACAAUCUGUAAACGAGAAAGCAAUCAUGACUCCCCUUGACGAAAAGGUGGAUACAACGGAAAGAUUGGAAAAGCUUCGUCAAUUGAUGGAAGAAGAAGGUGUACAUGCAUACAUCGUUCCUUCGGUAGACGCACAUGGAUCCGAGUAUGUUCCACCAGAAGCAAGACGCAGAGAGUUCAUCUCAGGAUGCACAGCAGAUGUAGGAACGGCUGUUGUGUGCAAAGAUAGUGCGCAUCUGUUCGUUGAUGGACGAUUUUAUAUCCAAGCCGAAAAACAAUUGGACAAGAACUGGACUUUACACAAAGUACCUAUCGUACCUGACUACAACAAAUGGCUAAUUGAAGAAGCACGUAAGAAUGGCAAAGGAUUCUCUAUCGGUGUUGACCCUACUUUGAUCGGAUAUGCAAUCGCUUCUGAUCUUUUGGAUGAGAUUUCACCUUUAGGUGCUUCUUUAACUUAUCCUUCACGCAACUUGAUUGACGUCGUUUGGGCAGACAAACAGCCCAAACCUAUCGAAGCACAAAUCCAGAUUCAUCCUCUUCAAUUCGCCGGAAAGAGAUCUCAAGAGAAAUUGAAGGAAUUGGCAGAUUGGGUAGAAUCUGGUGGAAGCGAUAAGCGUAAUCCGAUUCCACGUGGAAGUGCUAUCAUUCUCAAUCAGUUGGAUCAAAUAGCCUGGUUGCUCAACUUGAGAGGAGCAAGUAUUCCAAACAAUCCUUUCUUCCCUGCUUACGUGGUUGUAAGCGCUGGUGAAGAAACUUAUCGUGCAAGCAUCUUUGUGCCAUCAUCUUUACUCUCAAAAGAUUCGGAUGCAUAUCGCUAUCUGGUUGAUGAACUUCGCGUCGAUGUACAAGAAUAUGAUGCGGUAUUUAAGUAUUUGAUUGAAGGAUCAUGGAAAGGUCCAGGGGAUGAUCAAAAGUUGGUCAUUUCCGAUCAAGCAAGCUGGGCGAUCGUCAAUGCAGUAGGUGUACCCAAUGUAUACUCAGUCUUACGUGCACGUUCGCCAGUCGAACUCGGUAAAGCAAUCAAGAAUGAUGUGGAAAUUGAGGGAAUGCGUAAAGCAUAUCUUCGUGAUGGAGUUUGCUGGGCGAAAUGGGCAUCUUGGCUUGAUGAGAAAAUCCGCGUACAUCAUCAAAAAAUCAAUGAGAGGGAUGCUGUGGACGCAUUGGUAGCCAUCCGUGAAAAGGCUGAGAAUUAUGGGGGUAUGGAAGCUUAUGAUGGUAUCAGCGCUUCCGGCGAAAAUGCAGCAUUGCCCCAUUAUCAAACACCCGAGCACGGCUCAAAAGUGAUUGACAGAAACACUCCGUACCUCUGUGAUAGCGGUGCACAAUACCUCGAUGGAACAAUUGAUACCACCAGAACUGUUCAUUUCGGCAAACCAACCAAAGAGCAAAAGCGAGCUUUCACACGAGUAUUGCAGGGACACAUUGCCAUCGAUACUGUGACCUUUCCACGGAACACUACCACUGGAGCCACUUUAGACGUCAUUGCACGUACAGCAUUGUGGUCUGAUGGAUACAACUACAUGCAUGGCACAGGUCAUGGAAUCGGGUCAUUUGGAGCUGUACACGAAGGACCUCAAGGCUUUUCAACUUCAAGCGGAGGAAGUUCAGAACCUAUAGCCUUCCAACCCAAUAUGGUCGUUACCAACGAGCCAGGCUAUUAUGAAGAGGGAAAUUUUGGUAUCCGAACCGAAAGUCUGUUGGUUGUUCGACCUGCACCAAAGACGCAUUUCAACCAGAAUGGUGAAGAGAAUUGGUUGCAUUUCGAGCGUUUGACAACGGUUCCGAUCAGUACAGAUUUGAUCGAUUGGAAGCUCCUUUCAGCUGAUCAAAAGUAUUGGAUCAAAAAGCAUAACAAGGAUGUCUAUGAUAAAUUGACACCAUUCCUCAAACAUGACAAACGAGCACAACGUUGGCUCAAAAGGCAACUUGUGUAGGGUAACAGAGAGAAGCUUUUUGUAUAUUAUACCAUUUAUCUCUUUAUCAAAUGUAAAUGAACAAUUGCGUUGAAGCACAUAGAACCAGCGUUUAAUUUUUUACACCAGGGGCUUGAGCAGCAGCUGCAGCGACAGGAACAAGAGCCUUUUUGGUUAUUUCAUAGAUACGUUCUUUGCUUGCGAAUAAUAGAGCGGCAGUCAAAACACUUUGAAUCAAUUUGGUAAAGAUUCCUUUGUAUAAUCCCUUAAGACCUUCC